UCCUGAUUAGCUGGUCUCUCGUCAGCUCUAGGUGCUAUUUUCCCUGAAUCCCUAAGAGCAUGGCUAUGUGGUCACUUCAGUUCAGUACAAAUCUACUGAAGUGCUCCAUAAAAGGGCAGAACUACCACCUUUGUACUCAUGGGCUGCUUUCUUGCAAGAAUAUUGUCUUUUUUUAUUUUCUUGAUACUAGUUUUCAGACAAAUAACGUUCUUUGGCCUCAUUCAAAGGAUUGCUGUGUGCACAUUAGAGGGAAGACACAGAAAGCAGCAGGGAAAAGGCAAUGGGUUACUGAAGAGAAGAAAGACAAGGCCAAUCUUUUCUGGCAGCAGUGAAAACAUCUGCUAGGAUAAGGUACUGAUAUAUUCCAUAUUCCUGAAUCUUCCAGUAGCAAAUGAAAAAUAUGUAUCUCUUCCUUCUUUCCAUUUUGUCUUUGCUUUUGAAAGUCAGUGGCACCAAAGACAUUGUAUUUGGUCAUAAUAAUUUCACAGAAUAUCAAGUGGGCAACAUGAAUCUGAUUCUCUCUGUCCCACAUGGUGGGUCAAUGGAACCUAAAGACAUCCCUGAUCGAGAGGCUGCCUGUUGGGAUGCGAAGACAUCCUCCUGUAUUUUCUCUCAUGACUGUCCUCCUGGAAGUGUUCAAAAUGAUAAGAAAUGCAAAGUGUCUACCAACCAAGACAGGUAUACUAUAGAGGUGGCUCAGACUCUUGCUGAAGAAAUCAGCGGUAUUACUGAUGGCUUCUUCCCACAUAUCAUUAUAAACCACCUACAGAGGUUCAAGAUGGAUGCUAACAGGGAAAAAGAAGAAGCCUCGUUUGGUAUUCCCCAAGCAGAACAGGCCUGGGAGGACUACAUGGGAUUUUUGACCACUGCAAAAUCACAGAUGUCAGGGGGCCUGAUUCUGGAUAUCCAUGGACAAGCACAUCCUGAGAGGUGGAUAGAACUAGGUUACACACUUUCAAAAUCUUCCCUUAACUCAGGUGUUUUUUCUGCAUCGUGUUCCUCAAUUAGCCAUCUGGCCAAUCAGCUGGUCAGUGUGUCUUCUGAGACCUUGGUUUCGGGGAACAGAAGUUUGGGUAAAUAUAUUGAAGAACAAAAUAACAGUUAUGUUUGUGUGCCUUCUCCAUCCAAUCCUAGCCCAAAUAAUGGGAGCUAUUAUAGUGGUGGAUACAUAACGAAGACUUUUGGUUCCCGUAGUUCUGGCACCAUUGAUGCCAUUCAGCUUGAACUACCCCAGUGGGUGAGGGCAGCUGAAGAACGUCCCAGAUUUUGUAAAGCGCUGGCAAGGGCUGUGAUGAAAUUCUGGCAAACUAACUACUGCAGCCAGUACAAGCACAAAUUUCGGCCAUGCUGAAAGAGGUUUUCUUGCUAAGGUACCUUUCCUUAAUACAGUAAUGAUCUGGAUUAACAGAACAACUCAUUCACCUGGAACGUUUAAGCCUGCAAUAUAAUUGUGGAUGCCGGUGGAAAGAAACAACCUACAAAGGAAUGCAGAGACUUUGACACAGAGAAAAUCCACAGCUAAUACCAACAAGUCCAUUAACACACAGAUCCAGCAUUGAAAAAUCUGCUAUAAGUGGGUGUAUUUGAAAGUAUUUCUGUAUUUAAUUUCUUUCCAUUAUCAUCCUCUAUUCUCUA